GGGUCUAUGUUUGUCGCGAUGCAUCAGUGAUCAGAAGUGGCAACUGCAAAUUAAAGUAAAUCAUUGCAUUGGACUGAAGACGAGUUAAUAUGGAUUCUUAUCGUACCCGGGGUGAUACAAACCUAGGUUAUGCAGGUAGCACACAGACCUUAGGUGUCAAGCCCUGGAGUAGCCCGACCUCGUUUACAAAGGAUAACUGGAAAGGGCGUUUUGGACUGGUUUUCAUCUGCGCACUUUUGCUGUUUGUUUGCAUUGCGCUCGCUAUCGUCCUAAUCUUGACCCAUGUCAGGCAACCAAACGACCAUUGCAGUUCAAGCUCAUGUUUGGAGGUUGCAGGUGCAAUAAAGCAGAACCUGAACGAGUCUGUUGAUCCGUGCAAGGACUUCUUUCAAUACUCCUGCGGCGGUUGGAUCAAGAACAAUCCAAUUCCAUCAUCCGAAAAUUGGUUCGCAGCUUAUCGUAAGCUAGGUGACGAAAACAACAAGAAACUAUUAUUACUCUUGUUAGAAGAUGGCGACUUUCCAAGCGGACACGCUGUAAGGAAAACUAAAGACUAUUUCAAAUCUUGCAUGGCGGAAGACCAGAAUGACAACACUGCUCUCCCUGAGUUAAAACGUCUUAUUACUCAAUACGGAUCGUGGCCACUGGGAAAUACUUCAUGGAAGGAGUCAACAUGGAGUCUUCCUGAGGUUUUAAUGGCAUUCCAAAUGGAGUUUUCAUACAUGUCACCUCUGUUUGUGCUAAACGUUGAUGUUAAUCCUUUCAACUCUUCACAACACGUUCUUAAGAUAACACCUCCAUCCUUGAGUCUAAUUCCUGCGAAGUACUUGAGCCCUGAUAACAAGACGCGGUUGGCUUAUUUGAAAUACAUGACCAAAGUAGGAAGGCUGCUCGGAGGAGGAAGUGACACGAAAGACCAAAUGGCAAAGGUUUUGGAGCUGGAAGGAAAGAUUGCAAAGAUCAUUCCGCCACGAGGUGUGAUACUCAAUAAUUUCCACCUGAACAUGAACAUAACAGAGCUUGAACGCAGGGCUCCAGGAUUCGGGGCAAGAGAAGUUUCCUUUUUUUAUUUCAAGGAAGAAGCUAUGAAAAGUAAGAUUGGUUUUCCAAAGCUCUGUGCUAAUGAAACACUGCUGAACGAGUAUUAUAAAGAUGUAAGUCCCGUGAUUGAUGUAAACGUAAGAUCUUUCUCCCCCUCCUCCUCCUCCUCCUCCUCCUCUUUCUCUUACCGCAACAGUUACCUCCUGAAUGCACUGGGAGUGAUGAGUUGGCAAACAAGGUCUUCUUUCUCAAAAUUUAAGAGUCCGGUCGACAAAGAACAGUGGCAUCUUGGACCUCAGCUGGUGGAAGCAUAUUACUUACCUAACAGAAACGAAAUAAACAUCCUGGCGGGAAUUUUGCAGCCUCCACUUUUUUACGGAAGAAAUGCACCAAGAGCGGUGAACUUUGGAGCAAUGGGAAUGGCCCUUGCACAUGAGCUUUCCCACGGAUUCGACGCACGCGAAAUAAAGCUAUUUCUUUCACCAGGGAGAUAUUUUAACAAAGAUGGGGAAAUAAUUGAUGACUUGUGGAGCACAAGCACUUUAGAAGGGUUUGAAGAGAGAUCCAAGUGCAUUGUGGAUCAGUACAACAAGUAUCCCGUGGAUGGUGGGGACGAAGGCCAAAUAUAUGUAAGACACAAUAAUGACACCUUUUUAAAAACGCAGAAUUAUCAAUUUUUUUUUAAAUUUCCUCUCGAACAGAUCGAUGGGAAACUCACUCUGAGCGAAAACAUUGCUGACAACGGUGGCAUCAGACUCGCUUACUGGGCGUACAAGGAUUGGGUCAAGAACAAUGGUCCAGAGACAUUGCUACCUGGCCUCAACAUGACAAACGAGCAGCUCUUGUUCGUCAGCUUUGCUCAGGUAUGGGGACGAAACCUUCCUUUCAGUUAUUGGGGAGUGUGGUGUAGCGCGUUUACUCCGUCAGCUGCCUUUUUAAGGGCAAAGAUGGACAAUCAUGCACUGGCCAAUUACAGGGUAAUUGGACCUCUAUCGAAUAUGAAAGAGUUUUCAGAGGCCUUCAACUGUCCCGCAGGUCGAGGGAUGAAUCCCGAGAAGAAGUGUAAAGUAUGGUGA